AUCCAUUGGGGCGGGAGCUUGUGACUCACACAACUUCCUCUAUAGUAUAGCGCAUGGAAGAGUUGAGCGCGAGCAUUCUCUCAUUCGGUGCUUGGAGAGAGAGCUGAACACUUCUGCAGAAUCUGCACACCCGUGAGGAGCAACAGGACUACAGAGCUGUUAAACAGGCCAAACUAAACUGAUACGGUACUGAAAGAGUUUUGACGGGGGACCGACUCGGAUCAGGAGCAACAUGAGCGAGCGUUUUGACUGUGACAACUGCAAGGAGUCCUUAUACGGCAGGAAGUACAUCCAGGCGGAGGACAACCCUUACUGCAUCCCUUGCUACGACAGCCUGUUCGCCAACACCUGUGAUGAGUGCAAAGAGCUGAUUGGCCAUGAUUCAAGAGAGCUAUUUUACGAGGACCGUCACUACCACGAGCACUGCUUCCGCUGUUUCCGCUGUGACCGUUCGCUGGCAGACAAGCCCUUCACCAGCCAGGACGAUGCUCUUCUGUGCAAUGACUGUUACUGCAAUGAGUUCUCCUCCAAAUGUGUGGCCUGCGAUAAAACUGUCAUGCCUGGAACCAGGAAGCUUGAGUAUGCCGGCUCCACGUGGCAUGAGGACUGUUUCAUUUGCAACAGCUGUCAACAACCAAUAGGCUCCAAGUCAUUUAUCCCAGAUAAAGAUGACCACUAUUGCGUACCCUGCUAUGAGAACAAGUUCGCACCGCGCUGUACUCGAUGUAAACAGGCCUUGGCUAAAGGUGGUGUGACCUAUAGGGAAGAGCCAUGGCAUAAGGAGUGCUUUGUGUGCACAAGCUGUAAAGUCCAACUAGCUGGUCAGCACUUCACCUCCCGUGAUGACAGCCCAUACUGCCUCAAAUGUUUUGGCAAUCUGUACGCGAAGAAGUGUGAAGCCUGCAAAAAACCUAUUACAGGUUUUGGUGGAGGAAAGUACAUUUCGUUCGAGGACCGGCAAUGGCACCAGCCGUGCUUCACCUGCUCUCGAUGCUCUGUGUCGCUGGUGGGCGCUGGCUUCUUCCCUGAGCAAGAUGAGAUCCUCUGUCGCAACUGCAAUGGCAACUUAUAGAAUGCAACCCCUAUCCACACACUUUACCUUCCCAUAUACAUGCAUACAUAUACAUGCACACGUCUAUUUUACACUGCUGUGCCCUCACGUGAGAACUUCACAUUUCAAGCUAUGCCUAUGCUGAUACUGCUGUUUGAGAUCCCAGCAAACCAGCAAUCUGCCCCCACACACAACGGUCUGAGUUUCACCAAAAUACUCAAAAAAAUAGGCUUACUGGUUUAUGACUGGAUAAACGAGACUUUAAAAGAUGCACCAGAGAUUGCUGUUGAGUUGGUAAAGCCACGCAAUGCUGAGUUCCAACUACAGUCUGUCCAUUGCACAAUCCAGAAUCAACACUCUAUAAAUGUGUAGGUCUCUAUGCACAGAUAAAAAUAUCUGAUCUGCCUACUAGUUAUUCCCAUCUUUAUUUUUCCUGGCCAGCCAGAACUGUCAUUAGGCUGGUAAUGGUCAUUAAUGGGUGGAUGUAGUCUGUGUUUACAGCCUGUGAAAGAACUCAUAAACACUCAAAGGUCAAAGGUUUGGUGUUCUGUUGAAGUGACUGAACGCCCAUUUAGAAUUGUUCCAAACACUCUGUGCCAAUCAAAGUGUACGUAAAUGAAAGCACGACUGAUUUUAAGUCUUGGGAACAAUGAAAGUUACACUUUGAGAAGCAGCCACCCAAAGCUGAACAUCUAAGCAUUCACACACCAUAUAUGUCACACAAAUAUGUGUGACUGCUGUAGUUAGUGAGCACUUUUUUCUAGAACUUCACUGAAACCUUUUGUCUUUCUUAGCCGAACUUCAGCAUCAAACUACAUUUGAUGCAUUGCACAUGCAUGCAUUCAUUUCAGUGGGAGUCUUCCAAAAUGCAUAGCAAUGUCAGAAAAAAUUACAGCUGAAAUGUUUCUGCAGUCCAGAAAUAUGUGGGAAAAUGAAGUUUGAAAUGCUUUUUGUCUACAGGUGGAAGACAGAAUUGCAUUUGCACUACUAGCUUGAAUUAUAUAUAAAAGCACAAAAACUUCAAGAUACAGCACGCAUUACACUGUAUAUACACAAACUACAUAUUAUUUCCUGUUCACUUCCUGUUUUUUAAUUGUUUGAUAAUUCGUUAUGACCUCUACAGUCAU